UGACGAAAUAUGAAUGAAGGUGAAAGAUUAUCACUUAAUUGAUCAUCAGGCUAUUUCCUUCGCUGGAUAAAGUAACUUACAAAAAUGGAGGACACAUUUCGACAAUUCCGUGAACAGUGGGCCAAUUUUGAUGUUAAAACAUUGAAAAAUUUCUUAAGCCAAUAUGACUUGGAAACCAGAAAAUAUAUAGUCAACAAAAAAUGCCCAACAGAGGAAGUGAAUGCACUGUUUUAUAUUUGUGGUCUUAAAGAUGAAUCACGUUUAACAAUUGCUGAAAAAGUGGAAAUUGUAAAAUAUUUUUUAGAUGAGUGCGGCGCGGAUGUAGAAAUCACCGGCAAGGAAGUUGUGCAUGAAGAUAACAAUUCUGUCCAUAUUGCCCCGCCUUUGUGGGUGACGGCAAUUCGUGGAAAUCUACCACUUGCGGCUGUUCUUUUGGAUCAUGGUGCCGAUGUCAAUGGUCGUUCGAACUCCCAGUCAGCCGCGGUUAGAACUGCCUGUUAUAAGAAUGACGAAAAAAUGGUAGAAUUUCUAAUCUCAAAAGGCGCAGAUGUCAAUAUACCAAAUAGAUAUGGGUCCUCAUGCCUUAUGAAUGCCGUCAAGUGUGCAUCACUUGUAAAGCUUUUAGUUGAAAAAGGCGCAAACGUAAAUGCACGCGAGACGAAAAAGAUGCAGCUAACAGCUUUGCAUUAUGCUAUACACAAUGAAAGCUUUGAAUCUUUUCAAUUUCUUUUGGAGUCAGGUGCCGAUCCUUCAAUUCCAGAUAAAUAUGGAGAUUCUCCACUUCGAAGCGCUGCCUGUUUCCUACAGCCUGAAAUGGCGGAUCUUCUUUGCCAAAGACCCGAGAUUAGUCAGAAUGACGUCAUUGAAUGUUUUGAACUAUUGGGUGCGUCUGCAGUGGACAAUGAAGAAUACCGGGAUUCGGAAGAGUAUUGGCUAAAGGCAGUUAAACUCCGGGGGAUGCAUGGAAUUCAGAAAGAAGUAAAACCCACCCUUCCUGUUCUUGGACCGAAUCUUGAGCAUACCAAUUUUGAGGAACUACAAACUGUUUGCGAUGGCAGUGAUAGACAGCGGCGGGAAUCCGUAAUAGUGAAGCACAGAAUCCUUGGUCCACUUCACGAAGAGUUUCUGUAUACUCUUCUACAGUACGGCUUUAACAGACCGAGCAAUUACGAAACAUUACAAGUUUUCAUUAGUGCACAUGAUUUGUUUUUGGAGAGGAAUAAACCUCUUCAUGAGAACAACAUUUAUUCAUUACGGAUGAUAAUAAGAGUGGCUGUUAGCAUUGCCUAUCAGACACCUAAUGACAUGAAACCUUUAAUUAUUGAGAAUAUUUUCUGUAAGUUUAUACAUGUUGUAGACCAGAUACAAGCCAUCAUACGGAAAGGGAAACACAAGACAACAUCAGAACGAUCCAAGUGUUAUAACAACUUGCUUUUUAUAACCAUAUUCUUUGCUAAAUUUCUUCUUGUAGAGGAAAAAGAAAGUGAGCGAUUUUUAACAGCAUGUAGACGACUUGCAGACGUCAAUCCGACAUUUGUCUCAAGAUGUGAACCGAACUUACUACAUGCUGUACUCGAUCGACGCUUUUUCAAUGAAAAUGCAAAAGGAUUUUCAACUUACACAUGUGACCCUCUGCUUGAUUUGGAUAUGGUUCGUUUGUUCCUUAAGAGCGGAUUCGAUGUGAAUUAUUUUGACAAAGAAAGGCGGACAUGCUUGCACCGUUUUCUUAGACAGUUAGGUAGUAGAGACACAUUAGACAACCAAGACUGUGCGAGAUCAAUCGUGUCCUUUUUAUUGGAACAUGGCGUCCACGUAGAUACUGUAGACGCGGCUAAAGAAAACUGCUUAGAUUUGUUGAGAGAGACCGGAAUAAUGUUUGAUGAACUCAGGUACCGAUCUCUGAAAUGUCUGGCUGCCCUUGUGGUAGGGAAAUAUAAAAUUCCUCAUGAUGGAUUGAUUCCAUUUACAUUGAAUCCUUUUGUGGCGCUGCAUCAACCUCCAGAGUAGUUAAGAUGAUAAAUUGGUGACUAGAAACAGUUCAUUAAUCCAUUGUUAAAUCAUAAACAUAUCUACAUACUUUUGGAGAUAGUUCACUGUUUAUAUAGAUUGUUUACUGCUAUUUGCUUUAUUUUCUCUCAAGAAGUAUUUUCAUUUCUAGACAUUUUACAUUCCCAUGGCAAUUUUAGUAUUUGAAAAUUUAUGGGUUAACUUUCUGAAUGUAGUCCAUAAAAAAAGGUCACAAUGAAGGAUUUCUUUAACAUGUUCAUUUACACUCAACUUUUGAAUCAAGAAAGGUUUGGAGGACCUAUCAUAUUGAAAACCAAAAGUCUCUGACGACACCGUACCUUUGCUGGUUUAUACUUGUAAUGAUGUCCCUUUUCACACAUGCCAAUGGAUGGACGUAUUUAUUAGAUACGGAAUAUAUUUUGGACUUGAAACUAUGGCAACAGCAAUAAAUUGAAUAAUGAUCCUUGA